AGAUCUCCCUCCCAUCCUCCCGCCCUCUCUGUUUCUCUCUCUCUCUCGCCUCCAGCAUUCUCCGCGCUGCUGAUCCGCGGGGUUUCGGUGCGCUCAAACGCGCUCGGCGUUCAGACUCCUAAGCACCCCCGAUGGCCCCCCAUCAGCGACACUGCACUAACCAGACGACCAGCCCCGGCUUGAAGCUCCCUUAGCGAAGGCAGGACCCCGAGAGUCCUCUCCUGGAAUACCGCAUUGUUUAUAAUUUCCAGCCACACAGAAAGAGAGAGAGACGGAGGAGAUGGUGCUGAUGAUGCGCCCGCGAUGGUGGAUUUCCCUUUUGUGCGUCUGUGAAUUGAUGCACGUCGGUCACCAGAGCAGCCCUAACGCCGGAGAUGGAGACGCCUUGUCGAGCUUGAAGGCUCUUCGUGAUGCGGGUAGGUUUGUCGGGAAGGAGGACACUGUGCCUCUCCGCCUGCUCUACAGCAGGCACAACCACAGCCAGAUCACACAGGACGAGCUCAGCACCAGGAUUAAAGCCAGCGCCAGCUCCGACUCCACGCAGGUGAACCAUGUGGCCCAAGCGAGCUUUCAAGUUGACGCUUUUGGUCGGAAGUUCAUUUUGGAUGUGGAACUGAAUCAUGAUCUCCUGUCUUCGGGCUAUGUGGAGAGGCAUUCAUCAGAAAACGGGAAGACUGUCAUUUCCAGUGGCGGAGAGCACUGCUACUAUCAAGGAAAGGUCAGAAACAUCCCUCACUCCUUUGUGGCUCUCUCAACCUGUCACGGGCUGCAUGGGAUGUUUUUCGACGGCAAUCACACCUACAUGAUUGAACCUGGAGGACACGGCAGCAGCAAUGGGGAUAUUCGCAUUCACAUGAUCUACAAAUCUGCCGGUGAAGAGGCAAUUAACGAUCUCCUUGGUGGCACUCUACCAGAACCACCUUUUCCCAGCCCUCCAUUUCCAGGGUCAAAAGUUGUGCACAGGAGGAAAAAGAGACAGGCUCCACGUUUGUCACGAAGUGUAGAAGAUGAGACCAAAUACAUCGAGCUGAUGGUGAUCAAUGACCAUUUAAUGUAUAAGAAGCACCGGCUUUCCGUCGGGCAUACGAACAACAACGCUAAGACAGUGGUCAAUAUCGCUGACAUGAUUUUCAGGGAACAACUUAAUACCCGAAUUGUGCUCGUUGCAAUGGAAACCUGGUCAGCUGACAACAAAUUUAACAUUGACGAUGACCCCAUGGUGACUCUGAAGGAGUUCAUGAAGUACAGGAAAGACUUCAUCAAGGAGAAAUGUGACUCUGUUCACCUCUUCUCAGGGUCUCGCUUUCAUAGCAGCUGGGGUGGAGCUUCCUAUAUGGGCGGAGUUUGCUCUCUCACCAAAGGAGGGGGCGUCAAUGAGUAUGGGAAAACUAAUGAGAUGGCCAUUACCCUCGCACAGUCUCUUGGACAGAACAUCGGCAUCUUCUCGGACAAGAAGAGGAUCCUUAACGGUGAAUGCAAGUGUGAUGAUCGCUGGGCCGGCUGUAUCAUGGAUGACAUUGGUUUUUACCUGCCCAAGAAAUUCUCUGACUGCAAUGUGGAGGAGUACUAUAACUUCUUGAACAGCGGUGGAGGAGCCUGUCUGUUCAACAAACCUCUGAAGCUGUUAGACCCUCCAGAAUGCGGCAAUGGCUUUGUGGAGCCAGGAGAGGAGUGUGACUGCGGAAACCCAGCGGAAUGUGCAAAAGAAGGAGAGAACUGCUGCAAGAACUGCACCCUGACUCAGGGCUCUGUUUGUAGCAAUGGACUCUGCUGCAAUAACUGCCAGAUGGAGUUCAGGGGAAUUGUGUGCAGAGAUGCGGUGAAUGACUGUGACAUCCCGGAAAUCUGCUUGGGCAAUUCCAGCCAGUGUCCACCAAAUGUGCACAAGAUGGAUGGUUACACAUGUGAAAAAGACCAAGGUCGCUGCUUCAGUGGAAGGUGCAAAACCAAAGACAGACAGUGCAAGUUCAUUUGGGGAGAAAAGGCAACAGCAGCUGACAAGUUCUGCUACGAGAAGCUUAACAUCGAAGGGACAGAAAAAGGCAACUGUGGAAAAGACAAGGACACGUGGAUCCAGUGUAACAAGCAGGAUGUUCACUGUGGCUAUCUGCUGUGCUCCAACAUCUCUCCUGCUCCACGACUGGGAGAGCUGCAGGGAGGGCUGACUUCAUUCUCUGUAGCCCAACACAGUGCCUCUUUGGACUGCAGUGGUGCUCACGUGGUGAUCGACGGAGAUAUAGACCUGGGAUACGUCGAGGACGGGACGGCCUGCGGCACAGACAGCAUCUGCUUCAACCACAAAUGUCUCCCCAUCCAGCAGUUCAACUUCAGCACCUGCCCAGGGACGACUGACAAGGCCAUUUGCUCUGGAAAUGGGGUGUGCAGCAAUGAGCUGAAGUGUGUGUGUAACCAGGGCUGGACAGGAGAGGAUUGUAGCUUCAUGUUUCCUGUGGCCAAAACCACAGCCUCAGUUUCAGGUAUCAACAGCACUAACAUCAUCAUCGGGGCUAUUGCGGGCUCUAUCCUCUUCCUCGCCCUAAUACUGGCUGUAACAGCCUGGUGCUACAAGAGCUACAAGCAGAAAUGCUACAUUGAGUCUGAGGUUCACCGGAGAUUCUGCCGGCAAAUGCCUCCAGGUGAUUAUGUCACAAAACCUGGGGAUGCAGAUUCAUUUUACAGCGACAUGCCUCCGGGUGUAAGCACAAACUCGGGCUGCAGCUCCAAGAAGAGGUCAGCCUGCCUGUCGCACCUGCAGAUUUGCACCCCGUCCUUCACUCCCUCCAUCCCAUCCAUUUCUCAGAACCGCUCACUGUUUGCCUUCAGAUCUAAUGGCCUGUCCCACUCGUGGAGUGAGAGAAUUCCAGAUGCCAAACACAUCACUGACAUCUGUGAAAAUGGGCGACCAAGAAGCAACUCGUGGCAAGGAAACCUGAGCGGUAAUCGUAAGAAACUGAAAGGAAAGAAGUUCCGUGCUCGCUCGAACUCCACAGAGACGCUAUCGCCUGCCAAGUCUCCCACCUCCUCCACAGGAUCUAUUGCAUCCAGCAGGAGGUACCCAUACCCUAUGCCUCCUCUCCCCGAUGACCAGAGGAAAGCCAACAGGCAGAGUGCCAGGUUGUGGGAGACCUCAAUAUAACAGCUGUCUUGCCCUCUCUACACAAGACUAUAAAGAACUACACAUCUCUCCUUUUCUAUGAAUGAACAAACACAAAAAUGAUACAAAAUUGACUCUAAGCGACUAAAGAGGAAAAAGAGAGAGCCCCACCCACCCACUGGACAGGAAACAGGCAGAGUUUGAGUUUGAGUUAAUGUGACCAAGCAUCUGCGAGGCCGUAUUGCCAAACAGCCUCAUUCAGUGGAUCUCUACGUGACGAUGUGGAGUCCCGGCAGAGACACCAGCUCCACAUCCUCUCCAGACCAGCUGGAGCUCAGACUGAGCUGUUCCUGCUGUCUGCUUAAAGCUUCACCAACGCGACACAACCCCACCCAAAACCCCCACACCACCCUUACCCCUCUUUAGCUUGUCUCAUGUCGUAUUCACUUCAGCAUCAUCCCAUCUGAAUUGUACAGGCUCCUCUCUGAAAGGAGCUGUGGGAGCCAGGCCAUUGCCGGAUCUGCGUCGGAUCAUUUUGACGUGAAUUACUGUAGAAACGCCAACACUGUAUGCAUGAGACGACCGUGUUUAUCGGCAACUCCCUCCUACCGAAAAGACGAGACGGACAGCGGUCUGACCCGAAAGGAAAGCAUGCAAAUGGGGCUGUGAUUUUAUAACGUCUGUAGGCUUAAUGCUUUCUCUCCACUAAAGGUAACUCAUAUUGUAUCACCGCAACAUGGACCCCACUCUGCUGUUCCUCCCUUUGGUUUGUGUGUAAAUAUGUACAGUAAAAUACACACAGAGUAUGGGUUUUCUUUU